GCCAGGCCCCACCAGGCGUCCCCGUCUUCCAGCCGGAGCCGGAGGAGCCUGAUGUCUGGCAGGUCCUGGGGGGGGACAAAGAUGACUUCCUCGUCUAUGACCGGUGUGGCCGCCUGGCGUUCCACAUCCAGCUGCCCUACAGCUUCCUCCACUUCCCCUACGUGGAGUCGGCCAUCCGCUUCACCCACAGCAAGGACUUCUGCGGCAACUGCUCCCUCUACCCCAACACCACCCAGGAGGCUAACAGUACCAUGGAGGUCCCUGUAACCCUGAGCCCGCUUCCCAACCAAGAGGGGAAGGAGUCAGAGACCCCCAUCCACCAGCACAACCCCCUCCAUCCUCACCACCACCACGAAGUCAGCAGCGAGAGAGCCACAGACCCGAGUGGGGACCACGAACCUGCCACCCAUGCUCACCGCCACCACGGAGACCACGGCCAGCCCCAUCACGAGGGGAAGAAGCAGAAGGAGGGAGAUGAGCACUAA